AUGAAAUCCUUACAGGCUUUAUUUAUUAAUUUGCCAUUUUGGCAUAAUGAAGAAUACGACAUAAGGUUAGCUAUCGAAAUUUUAGGAGGACUUCGAGAAAAUGUCAUUCCAGGCACACCGGAAGAUUAUGUGAAGAUUUACACCGAGUGUUGGGAUAAUGAGCCAGAUAAUCGUCCAUCAAUGAAUCAAAUAUUUGAUAAAUUAAAUGCAAUUAUUAAAAUAACAGAAGAUAAUCAAACGAAUAAUUAUGAAUCCAAACUUCAACAAAAUUCUUUGGACAACGCUGAUGUUUCUUCUAGUAUUAAUAAUUCAUAUCAGAUAAAUUAUCAAAUGGAUAAUAAUUUAUCAAAUAAAUCCGAAAUUUGUCAUCAUUUUGAUCAGAUGAAAGCAGAAGAUAAUCAAACGAAUAAUUAUGAAUCCAAUCUUCAACAAAAUAAUUUGGACAACAAUGAUGUUUCUUCAA